GUGAGUUUACAGAGGAGGACAAAACUUUUUAGUCUGUUUUAAGCAGGCUAAACUGUCGGCUAACGCUGUUUUGUACAACUUGUGCAUGUGUUGUGGGGAGUUCGUGUUGAGGUCAUUUUCCGGUCUGUUCUAAAAAUGGUAAUGCUAACCAGAUGAGUUAAUUCUAUACACAUGUGUGGCAGUUUAAGCUUUCCAAACCUCGUUUCGCUCACAAGGUUAAAUUCUGCUUUCUUUUAGCAGCCUUUUCUCACUUAUGCUGACCUCGUGGAGCAGGUGUGCUGAAAGUAGGCCAGGUGUGCUGUGGUGUAGAUAGGGGUUUCUGUCUUUUUUUUUGGUCGAGUCGACUUCAGGGAUUUGUAGAAGAGGUGCAAACAUGCUGCUGUCUCUGGUUGUGCACACAUACUCGCUGCGGUACUGGUUUCCAGCCACAGUGAUGCUGGGAACAGCCCCAGCUUAUCUCCUGUCCUGGGGGGUUUGGAGAUUGCUCUCGACGGUCCUACCAGCAAGACUUUACCACAGAAUAGACGACCGGCUGUACUGCAUCUACCAGAGCAUGGUCCUGUUCUUCUUUGAGAACUACACAGGAGUGGAGAUUGUCAUAUACGGAGAUAUACCAAAGAACAAAGAGAAUGUGAUCUACCUGUCGAACCAUCAGUGUACAGUUGACUGGAUCAUCGCUGACAUGCUCGCCAUCAGGCAGAACGCCAUCGGUCACGUCAGAUACGUCCUCAAAGAUGGACUCAAGUGGCUCCCGCUUUACGGAUGGUAUUUCUCUCAGCAUGGAGGAAUCUUUGUGAGGAGGAGUGCGAAGUUUAAUGAAAGGGCCAUGAGGAAGAAGCUCCUCACUCAGACUCGAUGUGGAGCUCCUAUGUACCUCGUCAUCUUCCCAGAAGGAACCCGGUAUAAUCCAGAGCUCAAGAACGUCAUCGUUCAGAGUCAGGCUUUUGCUGCAAAAGAAGGACUGGCUGUGCUGAAGCACACCCUGACACCCAGGGUGAAGGCGUUCCAUAUAGCCAUGGAGAUCAUGAGGGACGACCUGGACGCCGUGUACGACGUCACCGUGGCUUACGAGGGGACGCUGGAUAGCUCCGGUCGAAGAAGACCCGCUCCAUCAAUGGCAGAAUUCCUCUGCAAAGAAUGUCCUCGGAUCCACAUACACUUCGACCGUGUGAAAGUAGGGGAUAUCCCCUCUGAGUCGGUGAAUUUCCGCAGGUGGAUGCACGAUCGAUUCGAAAUUAAAGACCGGCUUCUGACAGAUUUCUACGAGUCGCAGGACCCGGAGAAAAGGUUCAGGUUCCCAGGAGAGGGCAAACCCUCUCCACUGAGUCUCUCCAAGACCCUUCCAUCAUUGAUCAUCUUAGGGGGGCUCACACUGCCAUUACUGCUGACGGAGAGCGGCAGGAAACUUUACGUGAGAACCUGGGUUUGUGGGACGCUGCUGGGCUGGCUGUGGAUGAACGUUUCUCCUUAAGAACUGCAACGUUGGUGCAGAGAGGCUGCCAUGACGAGACACAGGAAACUGUGAUACCACUCGUGUUGCAACAACCUAAGAUGUUCCAGAUGCAGAGCAGCAACUUUACAAGAGUUUUGACUGUCUCAACUGUUGACCGGAGACGCUGAGAAAUGUUUAAAACUAUCUAUGCUACUUGAAAUUAUAAGAAAAUAACAGAUUUAAAUUAAAAAUACUCCUAAAUAUAAAUUGAAAAUAGCUAAAUCCUUCUUUUUAAAUUAUCACCCCUCAGUAGAUUUUGCCAAAUUAGUACUUUUGCAUGCUUCGUCAAUCAU